AGGAGCAGAGCAAAGAAGAGAGGGGGGUUUGGUCCGUUUGGAAGGAGAGGUCGUGGAUCAGUUAUGCCGAGAGAGUCCACCUUUCCAGUCGCCUUUUUUCCGCCAAAGUCAGAUAUAACACACGGCCAACACAACCAGGAAAUUCAAGUGAAAAAUGACGUUCAACGGGAAUUGGAGUCAAACAAGGAAAUUCUUCCCGCAAAUCCCCCAAGUUCACCAGUACCACUACCAGGAGCAGGGGACGCUUCACAUCCCACGGCCUGUUCUCACCGUCAUCCAGGUGCCCGAGGAAGAGAGUAGCGUGCACAACAGCAUGAGCCUGCCACCCACACCGCCUUCGUCAACGUCCAGCAGCAACGAGCUGACCAUGUCCGUUACGGGGAGUUUCGGUUACGACCGGUGCGACACCCCGACGAGAUUCACCUUACUGGGAGAGUCGGGCGUUAUCGUCCGCACUCACAGAACGACACCCACCACUUGUCAAUUGUCUAUGACAUUUUGCACUUUGGCACUCUUGGCCUUGGUAGGAAUGAUUGUCUACAUGGAAGUUUACAUGAAUGGCAGCCAAGUUUAGGACUUACCUCAAUGUCUGAGAGGGUUUGAGUCCAUCGGUAGUUUGGCAAAUCACAUCCAUUGCCGGCAUUGGGUUUGAGCUUGCCAGCAUCCUGUGGAUCUUCCUCUUCGUCCUUUUUGCUGGUGCUGUCGACUUCCUUGGAGGCUACUUUGGCUACUUCGUUAGACGAUUCCUCUUGCUUCUUCUUUUGCUGCUCCACCAUCUCGGCAGCUUCUUCAUCCGUCAGUUCUUUGAUUUUCGGUUCGGCAGCUUCUUUCUUUUGCUGCUCCUCCAGUUGUUGUUUCAACUCCUUUUCCCGGCGUUCCUUGAUCUUCCUUUCACGCUCCUCGAUCUCGGCCUUUUUCUUGGCUGUUUCCUGGUCGGCUUUGAUCUUGUAUUUGUUGAACUUUUCCAUCAGCAACUGGAGCAACAAGGAAAGAGGUUAGUUCAUCGUACAAAGAAAACAAAAACACACAAGCUUUUCGCAAGAGACCAAAUCACACUAUGUCACAAUAUAAUCAUUCUAUUAAUAUUUAUUCGCUCCAUGUUUUCUCCCUCUACUCAUAAACUUGUGUGACAUGUUUUUCUUGAAUUCUGUCAGUUUUCUCAUGAUUUGUUCCUCACGAAAAAUAUAUUUUGGCCUAGUGCUACGUGAAA